CUGCAGCCCGCCCCCCGGGGGCCGGGUGCGUAGCGGCGGCGGCGGCGAAAUGCGGUUUGCGCGCUCGGGGAGCGACAGCAGAAGUUAGAAAAUCGCCGAGGGGGGAGCCCGCGCCGCAGCUUCCUGCCCCCGGCCCAGCCCUCUGGCCCCGGCGGCCUGCAGCCUGACUUCCUCCCCCCACCCCGCAGCUCGCCGCCCGGCUCCUCGGACGGGGCCGCCCCGAUGGGACGCCGCGCCCCGGCCCUUGCGCGCCGCUGAGCCGAGCGCCCCGAGCCGAGCCCGCGCCGCAGCUGCCCGCCGCUGCCCUGCUCACCCCCCCUUCACCCCUAGGCCCUCAGCCGCGUCCCCGGUCCCCCGGAAAGCUGGAUUUCCGAGGCUGGAGGCGCCUGGCCGACUGGGUGGGGACCACCAUGGGCAACGCGGCAGGCAGCGCGGAGCAGCCAGCGGGCCCCGCCGCGCCGUCCCCCAAGCAGCCCGCGGCGCCCAAGCAGCCGAUGCCCGCGGCGCAAGAGCUGGAGGAGAGGUUUAACCGGGUUCUGAACUGCAUGAACUUGCCGCCGGACAAGGUGCAGCUGCUGAGCCAGUAUGACAACGAGAAGAAGUGGGAGCUCAUCUGUGACCAGGAGCGGUUUCAAGUCAAGAACCCUCCCACCGCCUAUAUCCAGAAGCUGAAGAGCUACCUGGAAACUGGUGGGGUUGGCCGCAAGGUAGCGACGGACUGGAUGUCUAACCUGGGGUUUAAGAGGCGAGUUCAGGAGUCCACACAGGUUCUGCGGGAGCUGGAGAUCUCCCUGAGGACAAACCAUAUUGGGUGGGUGGAGGAGUUCCUUAACGAGGAGAACCGCGGCCUGGAUGUGCUCCUCGAGUACCUGGCCUUUGCCCAGUGCUCCGUCACGUAUGACAUGGAGAGCGCAGACAAUGGGGUCCCCGCCUCGGAGAGGAGCAAGCCCCUGGAGCAGUCUGUGGAAGAUCUCAGCAAGGGGCCGCCCUCGGCCUUGCCUCCCCAGUCCAAGAGCCGCCACCUGACCAUCAAGUGCCCCCCCUCUCCCCGGCUGACCCCUACCCACAGCAGGAAGGCCCUGCGGAAUUCUCGGAUCGUCAGUCAGAAGGAUGACGUCCACGUGUGUAUCAUGUGUUUGCGUGCCAUCAUGAACUACCAGUCUGGCUUCAGCCUCGUCAUGACCCACCCGGCCUGUGUCAAUGAGAUUGCUCUGAGCCUCAACAACAAGAACCCCAGGACCAAGGCUCUGGUGUUGGAGCUGCUGGCGGCCGUGUGUCUGGUGCGAGGAGGGCAUGACAUCAUCCUGGCGGCCUUUGACAACUUCAAGGAGGUGUGUGGAGAGCAGCACCGCUUUGAAAAGCUGAUGGAAUAUUUCCAGAAAGAGGACAGCAACAUUGACUUCAUGGUGGCUUGUAUGCAGUUCAUCAACAUCGUGGUACACUCAGUGGAGAACAUGAACUUCCGUGUCUUCCUGCAAUAUGAGUUCACCCACCUGGGCCUGGACUUGUACUUGGAGAGGCUGCGGCUUACAGAGAGCGACAAGCUGCAGGUGCAGAUCCAAGCGUACUUGGACAAUGUUUUUGAUGUGGGUGCGCUGCUGGAGGACACAGAGACCAAGAAUGCUGUGCUGGAACACAUGGAGGAGCUGCAGGAGCAGGUGGCCCUGCUGACAGAGAAGCUUCGGGACGCGGAGAACGAAUCCAUGGCCAAGAUUGCCGAGCUGGAAAAGCAGCUAAGCCAGGCUCGAAAGGAGUUGGAGACCCUGCGGGAGCGCUUCAGCCAGGCGACCUCCAUGGGCGCCUCCAGGCGUCCCCCUGAGCCUGAGAAAGUGCCUACCUCCGUCCCGGCGCGGCCCUCCGCCCUAGAGCUGAAGGUGGAGGAGCUGGAGGAGAAGGGGUUAAUCCGUAUCGUGCGGGGGCCCGGGGAUGCUGUCUCCAUCGAGAUCCUUCCGGUCGCUGUGGCAACUCCCAGCGGCAGUGAUGGCCCAACUCCUCCGACUCCUCCGGGAGUGCCCACCCGCUCGCCCAGCCCAGGCUCAGAUCUCCCACUUGCGGCAGAGCCGGUUCCCGGAGGAGCACCCCCACCGCCACCUCCACCGCCACCUCCCCCACUUCCCAGCCUCCCCCACCAGCAGGAAGUCCCGCAUUCGGCACCCCCACUGGUCUCACCCCUCCCUGGAGGCUCCGAGCCCCCACCCCCACCGCCGCUGCCGGGAGACUUGCCACCCCCACCCCCGCCGCCACCGCUGCCUCCUGGCGCAGAUGGACCAGUGCCUCCACCACCUCCCCCGCCUCCAGGAGGUCCCUCUGGAGAGUCGGGUCCUGAGAUGGCCUCAGGAGUGAAGACCAAGAAACCCAUACAGACCAAGUUCAGAAUGCCACUCUUGAACUGGGUGGCACUGAAACCCAACCAGAUCACGGGCACUGUGUUCACUGAGCUCAAUGAUGAGAAGGUGCUACAGGAGCUAGACAUGAGUGACUUUGAGGAACAGUUCAAGACUAAGUCCCAAGGUCCCAGCCUAGAUCUCAGUGCUCUCAAGAGUAAGGCAGCCCAGAAGGCCCCCAGCAAGGCCACCCUCAUUGAGGCCAACCGGGCCAAGAACCUGGCGAUCACCUUGCGCAAGGGCAACCUGGGGGCUGACCGCAUCUGCCAGGCCAUCGAGACGUAUGACCUACAGGCCCUUGGCCUGGACUUCCUGGAGCUGCUGACCCGCUUUCUGCCCACGGAGUACGAGCGGAGCCUGAUCGUCCGCUUUGAGCAGGAGCAGCGACCCAUGGAGGAGCUGUCAGAGGAGGACCGCUUCAUGCUACGCUUCAGCCGCAUCCCACGCCUGCCCGAGCGCAUGGCCACGCUCACCUUCCUGGGCAACUUUCCGGACACUGUCCAGCUGCUCAUGCCGCAACUGAAUGCAAUAAUCGCAGCCUCAAUGUCCAUCAAGUCCUCUGACAAGCUCCGCCAGAUCCUGGAGAUUGUCCUGGCCUUUGGCAACUAUAUGAACAGCAGCAAGCGUGGGGCAGCCUAUGGCUUCCGGCUCCAAAGUCUGGAUGUGCUGCUGGAGAUGAAGUCGACUGACCGCAAGCAGACACUGCUGCACUACCUGGUGAAGGUCAUUGCCGAGAAGUACCCACAGCUCACGGGCUUCCACAGUGACCUGCACUUCUUGGACAAGGCGGGCUCAGUGUCCUUGGACAGCGUCCUGGGGGAUGUGCGCUCCCUGCAGCGAGGCCUGGAGUUGACCCAGCGAGAGUUUGUGCGGCAGGACGACUGCACAGUGCUCAAGGAAUUCCUGAGGGCCAACUCGCCCACCAUGGACAAGCUGCUGGCAGACAGCAAGACCGCUCAGGAGGCCUACGAGUCCGUGGUGGAGUACUUCGGAGAGAACCCCAAGACCACGUCCCCCUCCAUGUUCUUCUCCCUCUUUAGCCGCUUCAUCAAGGCCUACAAGAAAGCCGAGCAGGAGGUGGAACAGUGGAAGAAGGAAGCAGUAGCCCAGGAGGCAGGCGCUGACGCCCCCAGCAAAGAGGAAGCCCCAGCACCGAAGGCCCGGCGGCAGCAGAUGGACCUCAUCUCUGAGCUGAAGCGGAAGCAGCAGAAGGAGCCACUCAUCUACGAGAGUGACCGCGAUGGGGCCAUUGAAGAUAUCAUCACAGUGCUCAAGACGGUGCCCUUCACGGCCCGCACCGGCAAGCGGACGUCCAGGCUCCUCUGUGAGGCCAGCCUGGGAGAAGAGAUCCCUCUCUAGCCCCCAGAUCUGCGGAACCAGCCCUACAUCCGCUCAGACACAGGCCGCAGAAGCGCUCGCCGGCGCCCCCCAGGACCCCCCCUGCAGGUCACCUCGGAUCUCUCGCUGUAACUGCUGUUUCUGCACAAGGACUCAGUGGGGAAUGGGGGAUGGCAAGCAGGGGGGCCCAAGGAAGGUGGUCCUUAGCUCGGCUGGGCCGGGCAGCCCCCUCUGCUGCUGCUGCCAUUCUCCGCGGUGGUCCCACCUCAAGUGGUCGGGUGCAGGGGCAUGGGGGGGACAGCAUCGCCAGCCCCUCCCCCAAAUGCUGCUUGCAGCACCCCUCUCUCCCUAAUAGCCAUACUUAGCCUCAGCCGGAGCCUGGCCUGUAACUUAUAAAGUGCAACCUCGCGCUCUAUCCCCAGCUCCGGAAACUCUCCACGGACCUUAUUUUUAUACAAGAUUAAUAAAGAUGUUUGCAAAA